CGGUACAUCAGCACGGAGCUGGGGAUGCGUCAACGGCUCUUUGUGGGUGUGCUGACCUCCAAGAGCACAUUGAACACGCUGGGGGUGGCUGUCAACCGCACGCUGGCCCACCGCCUGGAGCGCCUGGUGUACUUCACAGGCACACGGGGCCGCAAGGUGCCCCACGGCAUGACAGUGGUGACACACAGUGACGAGCGGCCCAUCUGGAACAUGUACCAGACCAUCAGAUACCUUCUGGAUCACUACGUGAAUGACUUCGACUGGUUCUUCCUGGUACAGGAUGAUACUUACACAGAGGCACACCGCAUCAGCCGCCUGGUCGCCCACCUCAGCAUCGACACCCACCUCUACCUGGGCCGUCCCGAGGAGUUCAUCGGUGGGGACACUGAGGGACGCUACUGCUAUGGAGGGUUUGGCUACCUGCUGUCUCGCAGCCUCCUCCUGCUCCUGCAGCAGCACCUGGAGAGCUGCCGCAAUGACAUCCUCAGCGCCCGGCCUGAUGAAUGGCUGGGCCGCUGCAUCAUCGAUUACACAGCUGUCAACUGUGCAGAGGAGCACGAGGGCCUGCGUUACCACUAUUUUGAGCUGGGGAAGAACGCGGACCCUGAGCGGGAGACCGACCUCCGUUUCCAGAGUGCCUUCACUGUCCACCCGGUGCUGGAUCCCCUCCAGAUGUACCGGCUGCACAAGUACUUUGCGCAGGUGGAGCUGGAGAGGACGUACCAGGAGAUCCAGCAGCUCCAGCUGGAGAUCCAGAACGCCAGCAGCCUGUCCGCGGACGGGGACCAUGGCGCCACGUGGCCUGUUGGCAUCCCACCCCCCUUCCAGCCCAAAACCCGUUUUGAGGUGCUGCGCUGGGACUACUUCACAGAGGAGCAGGUCUACGCAUGUAUGGAUGGCUCCCCCAAGUGUGAGCUGCGUGGUGCAGACCUGGCAGACGUGGCUGACGUGGUGGCCACAGCCAUGGAGGAGCUCGGAAAACCCCAGCAGGUGCUCCAUUCCCGCAAGCAGCAGCUGGUGAACGGGUACCGGCGCUUCGACCCCACACGUGGCAUGGAGUACACGCUGGACCUCCAAGUGGAGGUGGUCACCCAGAAGGGGCACAGCCGUUCCAUCACCAAGCGUGUGCACCUGGUGCGGCCCCUCAGCGAGGUGGAGAUCAUACCCAUGCCCUAUGUGACAGAGGCCAGCCGCAUCAACAUCAUCCUGCCACUGACAGCCCAUGACCGGGACCACGCUGCCCGGUUUCUGGAGAUUUAUGCGGCAGCCGCCUUUGAGAGCAGUGAGAAUGCGGUGCUCACCUUUCUUUUCAUCUAUGACCCCUUUGAGGCCCAGCAGGUCACCCAGAAUGACAUCUUUGCCCCCGUGAAGGCCCAGAUCACUGAGUAUGAGCGUAGGUAUGCAGAGGUGAAGAUCCCAUGGAUCAGUGUCAAGACAGACGCACCCUCCCAAAUCAAGGUCAUGGACAUCAUCUCCAAGAAGCAUCCCGUGGACACGCUUUUCUUUGUGGCUGGUGUGGGGACAGAGGUCACU